AUGAGCGCGGCAACCGACCGCUCGCCUGAAAAGGUGGUUGAGACACCGGCAAAGGAUACGAAUGGAGCGGAUAGUCCUUCUGAAAUUGAAGCUGGAGACGAGGCGGUCGACACUAAAACGUUAUUGAGAAAGCUAGACGCCAAACUACUGCCAGCGGUCGGCAUUCUGAUCCCAUGCAACAUCAUCCUCAAGAGAACCACGCCGAGAUUUUGGCUUCCCACGCUAACAAUCGCCUGGGGGAUUGUCGCCACGCUUAUGGGUAUCGUAACGAAUAUGGCUGGGUUCUUUGUUGCCCGCUUCUUCCUCGGUGUCACGGAGAGUGGACUAUUCCCUGGUGUUGUGUAUUAUUUCUCUAUGUGGUAUAAGCGCCGUGAGAGACAGUACCGAAUUUCGCUGUUCUUCAGUGCUGCCUCUCUUGCCGGUGCUUUCGGUGGUAUCCUGGCAUGGGAGGGUAUUGUGACGGUUAUCAUUGCAACGGGCGCGUACUGGUUCAUCCAAAACUACCCCGAUACCGCCAUCUUCAUAUCGGACAAGGAACGUCGCUUUAUCAGGGCCAGGCUUGCCGCUGACAGCGAUGCGACUCACAACGAAAAGUUCACUUGGGGACACGUGAUGGACGCCAUUAAGGAUCCCAAGUGUUGGCUGUACGGUCUCGGAUUUCACACCAUGAGCUUACCGCUUUACACGUUCUCCCUCUUCAUCCCCACCAUCAUCAAGAACCUCGGCUACACCGCUGCCGUAGCCCAGCUUCUGACGAUUCCGCCAUACGCUCUCGCAUUCGUCACAACCUUGACAGUCGCAAUCUACUCCGAGCGGACCGGCCGCCGCGCAUUCUUCAUCAUGGGAUCAUCCGCUUUUGCGGCCAUUGGCUACAUCAUCCUGCUUGCCAACGGCGACCCGACUGGAAAGCCAGGCGUCUCCUACCUCGGUACCUUUUUCGCUGCUGGAGGCAUUUACCCAGCCACCGCUCUCGUCCUCUCGUGGCCGGCCAUCAACGUUUCCGGUCAGACGAAGCGUGCUGUCGGAAAUGCCAUGCAGAUUACCAUUGGCAACUUGGGAGCUGUACUUGGAACGCAGCUCUACCGUUCCAAUGAUGGACCGAGAUACUUCGUGGGCCAUUCUUUUGCACUGGGGUACCUCCUUGCAAACAUUGUUGUCUGUGGCAUCUUAUACGUCGUCCUUAAGCGUGAGAACACUAGGAGGGAUGCAAUCGCACCGGAAGUUCAAGCUAUUGGGGAUUUGGAGGACUGGCCUGGAGACAAGGAUCCCAGAUGGAGGUUCCAAUACUAA